AUGACGUUCAAAUUACACAAUAUGCGAAGGUAUUUGUCGAUAUUUACAGCAGCUUGGAAGUCUAACGAUUUGAAUAUUAACAUUAACGACCCGAAAUUGACAUACGAAGAACACGGUCAGGUAGAAAAUCCAAGGAAUUCGACGAAAAUCGUAAAUAGUUAUGUUAAGUACGCGUCGUCCUUGGAAGUUUCAACUGGAACGCCGCAGAAUAAUAGCGACAGAGAUAUUUCAACAAAUUCAAAGUUGAUAAAGAUGGUCGAAUUUCCUGAAAAAAAACCGGAGUUUGUCGAGAAACCCAUAACACUUUUACAUAAUCUAAGUCUCUACAGAAAUGAUCCGUGGAAGGCGUGGGAAUCGUACAGGAUCAUCAUUGACAAUAAUCUCAUUAAAUUCAUGACUAAUGAGCACAUAAGACAAUUUCUUGGGCUUUUAUGUAAUAAUCCUAAUAAUAUGACUUUUGAAUGGCUAAGUCAAGUUAUGAAAGAUAUACUUAUAAAUCGUCAAAAAAGAAUGAUGGAUUCAGUUCUUUAUGCAAAUGUAUUACAAUCACUGACCGGAUUGGGAGAUGCCACAAUUGUAGCAGAUAUGAUUAGACAAAUGACAUUAUUAGGAUACUAUGUUGAACAGUCACAUGUAAAGAACAUUUUAGCGCAGUGCUCGGAUUUUGAGUCGGCAUACAAAAUAAUUGAUGCUGUGAUUGCAAGUCAUCCGGAGGCUAAUUGCGAGUGGUAUCACAUUAUAAUAUGCAUGUAUUGCGAAAAGGGGAAUACCGAUGCGGCCAUAAAUACACUUAGGCUAUACAAUCUGUCAGGACAAAGGCCUAGAAUAAAGUUUUAUAGCGUCAUAAUUCAUGAGCUUUGCAGAAAGGACGAGAUGAAAGUCGCAGAAGAACUCGUGGAUGAACUGACCAGCUUCUUUGGACCUCCUAAUGAAGUGAUGUAUAACUCUCUAAUCAGUGGAUACAAUAGAAGAAACGAUAUGAAUAUGGUGACAGAAGUAUACAGUAAGAUGAUAGAAUCAGGUGUUCAGCCAAGGAGAAGUAUAUAUACCACCCUAAUAUUUGCGAAUCUUCGUCAAAGGGAUAUAUAUGAUGCAUCGAAAUUAUAUAAAAGCAUUAUGGAACAAGAUUUGAAACAUAAUCGGUAUUUGUUUAUCGCCUUGAUUUAUUUACGUGGAAUUCUCGCGGAUUCCGAUGGGGCAAGGGAGGUGUUCGAGAAAAUGAAGGUUGUCGGAAUCAUUCCUGAUAUAAUGUCGUAUAACCAAUUGAUAUUUGCACAUGACCGUGAUGAAAAAGUUGAUGUAUCCAAGAUCGAGGCUUUAUAUUUGGAAAUAUUGUCUGAGAACUUAACACCAAACCGAUACACAUUUGAAUUACUAAUUGACGCGUUAUCAAGAAGGGGCGAAUAUUCAAAGAUCCCAGGAGUUUUUCGUGAGAUAUCGAACAGAAAUGUUCCUAUAACAAGUGCCGCUUUCAAUUCGCCAAUCCGUCAUCUUAGUUUAGCAGGAAAUACAGAAAUUGCAUGGAAGUUUUUUAACCGAAUGAUAUCAGCUGGAAUAGAACCGGAUCUGUACACAUAUUCUUCGAUCAUAUCACUUGCCGUCGCAGAUUCGGAUUUUGAGGUAGCUAUCAAGGCUUUCAAGGAUCUGUUGUCACGUAGACUGACACCCAAUGUUUAUGUCUAUUCUGCCAUAAUCACUUCACUAGCAAAAUCGGGAUAUCCGAAUCAUGCAAUCGCGAUGCUUAACCACAUGAAUAGUCAGGGUGUUAUACCUAAUGUUGUUACGUUUACUGCUUUAAUUCAAGGUUUUAAAUUUGUGAAGAAUUACGAAAAAGGACGAAAAGUAUACGAAAUUAUGAAGCGAUCCAACGUGAUCCCGGACAGAAUGACUUAUUAUCACCUGGAAAAGCUGUAUAAGAUUACUAGACACGCAGAUGAGAUACCGCAUUUGCACGAAGACAUGAGGAAAUAUGGUAUUAAUCCAAACUCUCAUGGCCGCAUUUUGACCAAAGGGAAGGGCUCUUUCUAUUGGAGAUCGAGGUUCCUGAUUAAUCGUAGAAUUGAACGACAAAAGGCAGCAGUCGAUCCGGAAGAGCAGUAUGAGAUCAAAAAGCGACAACGUUCAUUAUGGAAAUGGCGAAACAAAUUUCGGGAAAAAGCAUUACGGAGAUUGUAUGCAAAACUUAGACGUAGUGGUGAUCCGAAACCGUACCCUGAAUGGAAAAAGAAAUAUAUUCGGGAAAAUUUUUUAGAACUGCAACGUUACAAGAGAUUGGGAAUGUUUCCGUUUUGA